AUGAACCAUCUUCUUCAAAAGAAUCUUAUGCUCUUUGCCUCUUCACUCUCACCCUUGCAAUCUUGCACGCUUCUGGUUCGAUUUCAACUUUCUAAAUUGUUAUCUUCUUCUCCGUAUUCUCACCGUAAGCGUCACGGCAGCAAAGAGUACCGCAAUGUUAGAGUCUCAGUGUGGUGGGAUUUUGAGACCUGCAACCUGCCUUCUGGUUUUAGCAUUUCCAAAGUAAAACCCGCUGUCACCGACGCUGUGAGAGCUAAUGGAAUCAAAGGCCCUGUUCAUAUUACCGCUUUCGGCGAUGUUUGUCAGCUUUCGAGGCCCAAUCAGGAGGCACUUCCUUUCACUGGGAUUCAUCUUACUCGCUUUCUCAAGAUUCCCAAAGGUGGAAAGUAUAGUGAUGAUAUAUCUCGUAUUACUGAUCUUAUGGAGUGGCUUUCAGACAAUCCUCUUAUGUAUUGGGUUUCACAAAAUCCUCCGCCUGUACAUCUCUUUCUGAUAUCUGGUGAUAAAGACUUUGCUGGCAUAUUGCACCGAUUGAGACUGAAUAACUAUAAUAUCUUGCUUGCAAGUCCUGGAAAUGCUCCUGAUGUUCUCGGCAGUGCAGCAACUAUGAUGUGGCAGUGGACAUCUAUUCUCAAGGGAGAAGAUCUAACUGGAAAACAUUUCAACCAUCCUCCCGAUUGUCAGUUUAGUUCUUGGUAUGGAAACUCUAAAGUGCCUCUUGAAAGCCCCUUUUCACAAAAUAUAGACGUUACGGAAAUCAAUGAACCCUCCUCAGACUUAAAGGUAGGUGUUAGGUCUGCGGACGUAAGUCCAAAAGUUCGUGAAAAAUAUACCACUUUAGGGAAACUCUUGGCUGGUACUGAUCACACAAACAAACACGAGGAUCAACCUAGAAAGGAGCUUGAUGAUCACAGCCCAUAUUUUUCAGCAGUUGAUGACUCUUUGGUUGACAAAAGACCCGAUGUUCAUCCUGAGACUUACAGCAAAAGAUCAACUUUCUUUAGCUGGAUUAAAAGUUGGUGGCCAUUUCAGAAAAGCAAUGUAAAGGCUGAUGAUUCCACUUUUUAUCAGAAAAAGGUGACUAGGAAUUUAGAGGAUUCCAAGCUAUCCGAACUGGACAUGACUGCUAGCAAUCUUGAAGAACCCAAGCCAUUAGAACAACAGCACUAUGUCACUCAUUCUGGAAAGCAUGAGGGUUCCAAGUUACCUGGUUCCUUUUGGAAUGACAUGGAAUCUUUUGUUUUCAGCCCCAAAGGAUCACUUCUUAUUUCCCAGUCUAGAAGCAGGGAGGAUUUGGCUCAUAAACUACAAAAGCAUGGACCCAUGACUCUCAAGUCUUUUGCUGAAAAUGAUAUCUUUCAAUUGGUGGAACUGUUGAUAGCAGAUAAAAAAUGGUUGGAGGAGAGCCCCUCACAAGCAUUUCCUUUUAGGCUAACUCAAUCAGUUUGGAAAAGCACGCGGAUGGGCCAAUGCAGCUUAAACCAUAGUACUGAUUAA